CGGGGUAAACAUUGUCCCCUCCGGUGCUCCGUAGUCUCCUUUACCUGUUAUAGUAGUGGCUAAAGAUGGCGGAAGCUCCUCCAUGGCCCAGCCGGUUCUUCUGUCACAGAUGCUCAGCAGAGAUUAGUCCUCGACUUCCUGAAUAUACUUGUCCAAGGUGCGAGUCGGGGUUUAUUGAAGAGCUCCUGGAGGAGAGGAGUGCAGACAAUGGUUCCAUGUCUACCAUCUCCAGCGGGUCCCAGAACCAGCAGCCAUUUGAGAAUGCAGACCAGCACUUGUUUACAUUCCCUUCGGGCUAUGGUCAGUUUGCCCUGGGUGUCUUUGAUGACAGCUUUGACUUUGGGGCUGGAUUGGGAGCGGAGGACAACCGUGAUGCUGAGAAUCGGCGGGAAGGGGGGGCAACAUCACGUCAAAGAUAUGGUGCCAGGCAGCCAAGAAGUCGCCAUGGUUCAAGGCGACAAGCAGGGCGGCAUGAGGGAGUUCCCACUUUAGAGGGAAUCAUUCAGCAGCUAGUGAAUGGAAUAAUCGCACCAACUGCGAUGCCAAAUAUAGGUGUUGGGCCAUGGGGUGUUCUUCACUCAAAUCCUAUGGAUUAUGCCUGGGGUGCUAAUGGACUAGAUGCAAUUAUCACACAGUUAUUAAAUCAGUUUGAGAAUACAGGGCCUCCGCCUGCCGACAGGGAUAAAAUUAAAAGUCUUCCUACCGUACAAAUCACAGAUGAGCAUGUUGCCUCAGGACUGGAAUGUCCAGUAUGUAAAGAAGAUUACAGUGUUGGAGAAAACGUAAGGCAGCUCCCAUGCAAUCACAUGUUCCACAAUGACUGCAUAGUACCCUGGCUGGAACAGCAUGAUACAUGUCCAGUGUGCAGGAAAAGCUUGAGUGGCCAGAACACAGCAACAAACCCUCCAGAACUAUCAGGGAUGAACUUUACCUCCUCCUCUUCCUCCACCUCCUCAUCCUCUUCAUCUUCCUCAACCCCCCAGUCUUCAAAUUCAACCAGCAAUGAGAACUCCACUGAUAACUCUUAAAAACAAACAAAUAAAAAAAAAACAAUGGUCCAUUUCACUCUAUGAGCUGUCAAUAGCUCCUAGGUGGCUGUACUUCAGAGCGGUGGCCUCCAGUCUCUCUUGGUAGGGACCUGAGAGCAUCUCGCCAGGAGCCACUCAAGCCUGAUUCAAGGGUAACGUGAUACAUGAGGUCCAUGUAUUUCUGCCCGUCCUGUUUAUCCCAUCAUCGCCAGGAAUCUGAACAAAGGAAGGGUGGAGUCCUGUAGAGCAGCUUCUCUCUUGAAGGAUGUGAACACACAUUGAAACUUCAUUGAGGUUUGAUGUUCCUCGGUCACCUCAUACAGGAAGAGAAAACAAAGGAAUCCAAAGGUAGACGACUUGGGACAGCAGUUGCUUUUGCUUUUUAAAAUCUCCAGAAUGAUUUAAAAUGACACAUUUUUGCUAAUAAAGCAAAAAGAAAUGUGCAGUUAUUUCUUUUAUAAGUAGGAUUAAUUAAUAUCUCACAGAUAAAAUGACUUAAAGUGCACUGUAGUUGCAGUGUUUAAGUGUGUACUUCUCCAUGGUUUGGAAAUAUGCUACAUCUGAUUCCUUUACUUCUUCAAAGAAAAUUACUAUAUUCUCUAAAAUGAAUCCAUUUACCUGAGAUGAUAGGACAUGGGACAUAUAUCAUUGUUUGCACUUGAAAUUAUGUGUCAAAUUGCAGUAAUUUUGUGCUUUUUGGAUAAUGACGUGAAUAAUUAUUUCUAAUUUAACCAAGGAUUUGUUUUCAUUUUAUCUGAAAGUCUAAAAUUCAAAUCAGCUUUUCACAUAAUACACAUUUCAGUGCAUUUUAAGUUAAAGGUAAGUUAAACUUUUCAAGUUGCCAGAUGGAAAAACUAUUGUUUGCAGUAUGUUCAUGUAUGACAAAAUGAACUGGUAUUAAAAUAAAGAUGUAUGGGUGGUACCACUCAAAAUUGGACAUUCUUCUCAGUUCAUGUGUAUAAUCUAAAGUGUAAUCAUGAGUUAAAUAUAAACAACAAUAGGCAUAAAUGCAGAUACGUUUGUAAUAAUGCUGGGUUUUUUAAGACUUGAAAAUAACUUAUGUGAUGUACUUUCAAGUGAACAACCACAUCUCAUUGCACUCUGAAGUGUUGGGAGUAAUCAAAAAAUUUAAUUGGUACAGCAAAACGUUUUAUUUGGAGAAAAAGUAGUGACUUGCUUGAAGAAAAUGGUCUUUCAUAAUAACUUUUUUGCAAACAUGAGGGUUAUGAACUGUGCUGUUUCCUCAUGUAAAUGAUUUGUUCCUCUGAUGAUGUCUUGAAGGCUUUUAGAACAAUUCCACAUCAACCAGGGAACAAUAACCUACCAUUUCAAUGCAUAAUAAGGUUUACAAAGUGUUUUGCACUUUCAAAGUAAAGCCUUGUCCAAAGGCGUCCAUAUUAGAUCCUUCAGUUGCAUAUUUGCCUACUAAAUGUUAUCAAUAAGCCAAUAAAUUCUGCUUCCUCUUA